AUGCUAGUUCCCUUACUGUUUAGAAGCACACUGUUGCUUCUUCUAGCAGACCACUGUAUCACUCAAGAAUGGUAUACGCAUGCUGACUUGAGAACUGACCUCUCAACGGACAUGCUCCAGAGAGGGAAACCAUCAUUCCGAGAGAAAAGAGAUGUCGAUGUCAAUGACGCUAAUGCCGAACAAUCGACGGAGUACUACUAUGUAGCUAAUACUCGUCAAAAAAGAGGUACAGAAGAUAAUAGUGAAGAUAAUGGUAAUACCACAGAUGAUUCAUUAAGUCACGUCCCUGAGGGAAAUCUCAACUCAAGUGAAUGGUACACUUUGUUAGAAACAAACGCCACCAACGCGGAGAACAACACGUAUGAUACUAGCGACUGGAAAAACGGAAAUGAUAGGGACACUGAGAUUAUAAGAGUCGGGGGAUAUAAAGGUAAUAGAACGACCAUGUUAGACGACGUAGAGAAAAGUAGUGAUAUCGUAGAUGACAAAAAGGGACAGUCUUCUUCUUCACAACACGCCAGCCGUGCAAGUGAGGUGAUGAACGCAAUGCAAGAAAACAAAAAGAAAGAAACUGGAAUUGAGCAAGAGGCCGAGAAAAUCNCACUGUUGCUUCUUCUAGCAGACCACUGUAUCACUCAAGAAUGGUAUACGCAUGCUGACUUGAGAACUGACCUCUCAACGGACAUGCUCCAGAGAGGGAAACCAUCAUUCCGAGAGAAAAGAGAUGUCGAUGUCAAUGACGCUAAUGCCGAACAAUCGACGGAGUACUACUAUGUAGCUAAUACUCGUCAAAAAAGAGGUACAGAAGAUAAUAGUGAAGAUAAUGGUAAUACCACAGAUGAUUCAUUAAGUCACGUCCCUGAGGGAAAUCUCAACUCAAGUGAAUGGUACACUUUGUUAGAAACAAACGCCACCAACGCGGAGAACAACACGUAUGAUACUAGCGACUGGAAAAACGGAAAUGAUAGGGACACUGAGAUUAUAAGAGUCGGGGGAUAUAAAGGUAAUAGAACGACCAUGUUAGACGACGUAGAGAAAAGUAGUGAUAUCGUAGAUGACAAAAAGGGACAGUCUUCUUCUUCACAACACGCCAGCCGUGCAAGUGAGGUGAUGAACGCAAUGCAAGAAAACAAAAAGAAAGAAACUGGAAUUGAGCAAGAGGCCGAGAAAAUCAAGGAAACAGGUGAACAGGCAGACGGAAGUGAAAAGUUAUCAGAAGAACAUUUCCUUACCGAUAAUGAAGAAGAUGAACAGCCAGUGAAGAGGCAAAACUUAGGUAUAUAA